CGCGCGAGCAGUGUGUUGGGAGAGGUGAGGGAGAGUGGAGGUACGCGCACUGCACAGGGUUGGUGCAGGCCGCGCUGGAGGCCUAUUCAAUUCCUCCUUUGGAUUUUAAUAAAACGCGAUACUCCUAGGCCAGAGUGUAGGAGAAGCGGAAGGUACAAAGACCUAUCUGAUGAUGACGGUGGGUUUACCAGAGGUGGGCGGCGGCACUGAGGUAACAACAGGAAGCAUCGCAUCUAAGCAAGAGAGACCAAAGUCCUUGAAUGUGAGGGGAGUAGACGUGAUGGCGGUGGGCUGGCAGGACUGGCUCAAGGGCAUUGCCUUCGUCGUUAUGUGGUAUGGGUCGAUUUUAAUGGGCUUCUUCUCCCUGUACUGCCCCAUGCUGCCCCUGCUGGUCAUCUCCCUACCCAUCUACAGGAAAGCCACCGAGAUUGUCUUCACUAUGUGGGAGUGUUAUGCUGUGGCGCUGAUGGAGGUGGUGUUUGGGGUGAGGUUCUUCUUAUCCGGGGACUUGAUCCGUCCUGAGGAGACCUCCAUUAUCAUCCUCAAUCACAGGAACCGUCUCGACUGGAACUUCUUCUGGGGAGCGCUGGCCCACGCCACCUACCCUCCAACACACAACUGCAAGAUUGUCCUCAAGUCUGGCAUCAGGAAGUUCCCAGGACUCGGCUGGAUCAUGCAAAUGUCGUGUUUCCUGUACAUCCGUCGUCGCUGGGAGGACGACCAGAGACUCAUGAACAACGUUCUAGAUUAUUUCAGAGACAUCGACCACACCUUCCAGGUGCUGCUCUUCCCUGAGGGCACCAACCUGACGCCGGCGACGCAGAAGAAGAGCAACGAGUACGCACAGAAGACAGGUCUUCCGUGUCUCACCCACGUCUUACAUCCUCGCACCACCGGCUUCACCUUCCUAGUCAACAAACUCCGUAAUAGUGAGCAACUAGAUGCAGUAUACGACGUAACAGUGGCAUACCCAAAGACCUUACCCCUCACAGAGCUUGACCUUGCUAAAGGUCGCAUGCCAGAGGAGGUACACUUCCACAUCAAGAGGUAUGAUGUACCUCAUAUGUACUUGGUGGGUGAUGCAGUACUGGUGUCUUGUUCACACAGUUCUCUUCACUGUGAUCUCCUUUGCUACGGAUGGGUUACAGCAUUUUGAGGUCUGGCUGUACCGCCUAGAGCAGGCAAGACUCAGGAAGCAACGAUGAGGCCAUCAGAAUGGCAUGCUUGUCUUAAUUUAUACUACUGUAUAUAUUUUAUAACCUGAGAACUAUUUAUUGUGUGUAUAUAUUGAAUAAAUAAUAUACACAUGAUGUGUAACAUACAAGUGUUGAGACAUUGCAGAAAAUAUAUGGUUCAUCCAAUCCCAAAAUUUAUGAGAAGGUUUGAUGCAGUAUGGACACAAGCAACUAAGGCUCCCUCAUCAGACAGGGUUUAUAUACAGUAAACUCUGGACAUAAUGAACUAAUGGGGUGCAGGGGGUGGUUUGUAAUGGCAAUUGAGGAGGAGAGAAAAGAUUGUUGUGCCAUAAUAGUAACAAUAACAACAUUUCUUGUAGGUAGUAGGUUGGUAGACAGCAACCACCCAGGGAGGUACUACCGUCCUGCCAAGUGAGUGUAAAACGAAAGCCUGUAAUUGUUUUACAUGAUGGUAGGAUUGCUGGUGUCUUUUGUCUCAUAAAUAUGCAAGAUUAUAGGUAAGUCUUGCUACUUCUACUUACACUUAGGUCACACUACACAUACAUGUACAAGCAUAUAUAUACACACCCCUCUGGGUUUUCUUCUAUUUUCUUUCUAAUUCUUGUUCUUGUUUAUUUCCUCUUAUCUCCAUGGGGAAGUGGAACAGAAUUCUUCCUCUGUAAGCCAUGCGUGUCGUAAGAGGCGACUAAAAUGCCGGGAGCAAGGGGCUAGUAACCCCUUCUCCUGUAUAUAUUACUAAAUUUAAAAGGAGAAACUUCAGUUUUUUCUUUUGGGCCACCCCGCCUCAGUGGGAUACGGCUGGUACGUUGAAAGAAGAACAACAACAUUUCUAUAACCAACAGACCAACCUUCACGGCGCACAUAACGGAGAUAAAACACCUCAAUUACUGGGAGCGCUUGAGGUUCCUAAACCUGUAUUCCCUGGAAUGCAGGCGGGAGAGAUACAUGAUUAUAUACACCUGGAAAAUCCUAGAGGGACUAGUACCGAACUUGCACACGAAAAUCACUCACUACGAAAGCAAAAGACUUGGCAGAUGAUGCAACAUCCCCCCAAUGAAAAGCAGGGGUGUCACUAGCACGUUAAGAGACCAUACAAUAAGUGUCAGGGGCCCGAGACUGUU